GGGGACGGCGCGGGCGCGACUGCGGCGGCUCGGGCGGGCGGGGGGCGGCGGCGCCAGCGGACACCGGAGCGGGUAGGAGCAGCGGCCGCCGCGCCGCAGGGACCAGCGGGUCCAGGCUCGGUCUGGGGUUCUCGCAGCCGGCACCAGCCCUCCCGGCCCCGGCCCCCAACCCGCCGCGGGAAAGAUGCCAGAGCAGAGCAACGAUUACCGCGUGGUGGUGUUCGGGGCGGGCGGCGUGGGCAAGAGCUCGCUGGUGCUGCGCUUCGUGAAGGGCACGUUCCGAGACACCUACAUCCCCACCAUCGAGGACACCUACCGGCAGGUGAUCAGCUGCGACAAGAGCGUGUGCACGCUGCAGAUCACAGACACCACGGGCAGCCACCAGUUCCCGGCCAUGCAGCGCCUCUCCAUCUCCAAGGGCCACGCCUUCAUCCUGGUGUUCUCGGUCACCAGCAAGCAGUCGCUGGAGGAGCUGGGCCCCAUCUACAAGCUCAUCGUGCAGAUCAAGGGCAGCGUGGAGGACAUCCCCGUGAUGCUGGUGGGUAACAAGUGCGACGAGACGCAGCGGGAGGUGGACACGCGCGAGGCGCAGGCGGUGGCCCAGGAGUGGAAGUGCGCCUUCAUGGAGACCUCGGCCAAGAUGAACUACAACGUGAAGGAGCUCUUCCAGGAGCUGCUGACGCUGGAGACCCGCCGGAACAUGAGCCUCAACAUCGACGGCAAGCGCUCCGGGAAGCAGAAGAGGACAGACCGCGUCAAGGGCAAAUGCACCCUCAUGUGAGCCCGGAACGCCCGCCUGCCCGCCGCCCGCCCGCACCGGCCCCGGCCCCCCGCCGCCUCCCCCGACACCCCCUCCUGCCUCCUCCUCUCCUCUCAUCCUUCCACCGACACCUCGGCUGGGGAAACUGAGGCUGCUCCCUCUCCGCUGCCCCUGGCCGCCCCGAGGCAGGGCCGAGGCUCUUCUUCCUGCCCCGCUCUCUCUUCUCCACCCUCCUGUUCUGUCUGUACCCCCCAAACCAAGAGCCGGAGGUGGCCCCCUUGUCCUGCAGAUGGGCAAAGGGGACCAGGAGCCGGCAAGAGGAGCUCCUCGUUCCCGCCGGGACCAGAGGAGGCUGCGUUUCCCCAUCUCCAUCUCUUUCCCUGGGGCGUCCGCACGAGACCUGUGGGUCCCCGUCCCCCACAUUUGAUCACUGUGACCUUCCAGGGGAGGGGGGAGUUCAAAAUGCACAUUAGCCUCAGAUUAUUUUUUUCUUUCUCCUCCUAUUUGGUGUUGACAUACACCCGAGCCCACCCGGCCCCUCAUGACCUCUCACCUGUGCCCUGCCCCCACCUCCGGUCCCAGAACGCCCCCCUCUCCCCUGUUGUCACACCGGGGACGUGGGGCCCGCGGGAUGGGCCUCAGGCCACCAGGCAAUAACCACAGGGCCUGCAGCACUGCCCCUGCCAGCUCCGAAUCCCACCCCUGGGACCGGCCACAGCCACAGCCGCAGCACAACUGCCCCACCGGGAGGCACCGUGGACGUGGAGGGGCUUCCCAGACACCGCCCACCCGGGACCUGCCUCUUUCACCGAGACAGAGACAUUAGCGACGUGUGGUGGGUGGGGUCCUGGGGUGCUCGGGAGGGGGUACCUGGGGCUCUGGCCAGAGAGACAUCAAUGACACCCCCGUGAGGGGACAGCCGAUGGGACCCCACAUCAGCGGAAUCCAAGGGGGCUCCAGGUAGAAGUCUGCUCCGCCCACUGCCUCCCCUCCACCCGUGCCCCAGAGAGCAGGGCCCGCCCAGAAAGGUGGUGUCCUGGAGUCAGGGGGAAUCUGCAGCCGUGAGGUUCUGGGUGUUUUUGUGAGAGGGUCUGAACCACCCUACACUCAUGUGACCCCACAGGGCUGUGUCCGACAUACACGGGGAAUGGUGUAUUUGUGCAGCCUGGGGUUUGUGGAUGGGUGACUUGCAUCUAAGUGCACCUGUGUGUGUCUGUCGGGACGGUAUGUUUUUGUGGUACUCUGUGUGUGUACUAGUGGUGUAGGGUAUACGGAGAGGUGGGUAGUCAACAAGAGGUGUGUGGUUGUCAACAAGACUGGAUACUUCUGAUGUGUCUGUGUGACUCUUUGUGCCUCUAUGAGCAUGACUAUAUUUUUGGGAGUGGGUGAUAUGGCUUAUCUGAGAGAGCAUUUACCUGUUACUGUGUUUGUCCUGAUUGAGAAACACAAUUUCUGUCCUACUCUAUAGUAGCGUGACUCUAUAGCAAUGUGAUUUUCAGUCCCAAAUUGGUAUCAGUCAGCUAUUGCUGUGUAACAAAUGACCACAAUUGGCCAGACCUGGUGGCUCAUG